AUGAAGGGGGUGAUGGAGAUGAUGGAAAUGAUUAGUGUGAUGGGGAUGAUGGAGAUGAUGGGGAUGAUGUGGAUGAUGUGGAUGAUGGAGAUGAUGAAGAUGAUGGGGGUGAUGGCGAUGAUGGAGAUGAUGGGGGUGAUGAAGAUUGAGAGGGUGAUGGAGAUAAUGGAGAUCAUGGGGAUGAUGGCUAUGAUGGGGAUGAUGGGGGUGAUGGGGAUGAAGGGGGUGAUGGAGAUGAUGGAGGAUGUUCGGGUUGAUUGGGAUAAAGCGUGUGAUGGGGAUGAUGUGGAUGAUGUGGAUGAUGGAGAUGAUAAAGAUGAUGGGGAUGAUGGGUGUGAUGGAGAUGAUGGGGAUGAGGGGGGUGAUGUGGAUGAUGGAGACGAUGGGGAUGAUGUGGAUGAUGUGGAUGAUGGAGAUGAUGAAGAUGAUGGGGGUGAUGGCGAUGAUGGAGAUGAUGGGGGGGGUGAUGGGGAUGAUGGUUGUAAUGGGGAUUAUGGAAAUGAUGGAGAUGAUGGAUUUGAUGGGGAUGAUGAUGAUGAUGGAGAUGAUGGAGAUGAUAGGGGUGAUGGGGAUGAAGAGGGUGAUGGAGAUGAUGGAGAUGAUGGGGAUGAUUGGGGUGAUGGGGGUGAAGGGGGUGAUGGAGAUGAUGGAGAUGAUAGGGAUUAUGGGGAUGAUGGGGGUGAUGGGGAUGAAGGGGGUGAAGGAGAUGAUGGGUGUGAUGGGGAUGAUGGAGAUGAUGAAGAUGAUGGAGAUGAUAGGGAUGAUGGGGAUGAUGGAGGAGAUGUGGAUGAUUGGGGUGAUGGGGAUGAUGAUGAUGGGGAUGAGGAGAAUGAUGUGGAUGAUGAGGAUGAUGGGUAUGGGGGUGAUGUGGAUGAUGGAGAUGAUGGGGAUGAUGGAUAUGAUGGAGAUGAUGGGGAUGAAUGGGGAGAUGGGGAUAAUGUGGAUGAUGGAGAUGAUGGGGAUGAUGGAGAUGAUGUAGAUAACUGGAAAGAUGGGGGUGUAGGGAGGAGGGGGGUGAUGUGGUUGAUGGGGAUGAUGGGGGAGAUGAGGAUGUGA